CAAAAAUGGGUCAAUCAUUCACAGGGCUUUUACUUCAAUAAUUUAAACCUGGAUACCAGUUCCUCUGCACAAUACAGUAAGGAAGUAUUGCAGGUAGGAAUACUGGGAUAUAGUCUGACUUGUUUUUUUCUCUUUUUGUCAUGGUUCCUCCUGGGCUUCAGGUUUGGAGAUGGAUACUAUUUGCUUGCUUUCCCUGGCUUUGUGUCUGUCUAGAAACUCCAAGGACAGUUUACAUGGUAGCCAUUCCUGCAGUAAUCCAGGCAGGCUCUGAGGCCAAGCUUUGUGCCAGCCUUCUGCAGCCCCAUGAGACCUUGGUAAUGACCAUAUCUCUGAUCGCCAAUGGACAGAACAAAAUACUUCUCCAGGAGAGUUCUGAUCAAGAGUUUCACCGCUGCUUCCAGUUUCAGGCCCCUCAUGUGGAGAGUGACAAAGUGCAACAUUUUAAGGUGACGGUUCAAGGUGAAACGUUUCUAUCCACGGAGGAGAGAAAGGUCAUGAUUAAACCCUACAAACCGAUGACAUUUGUCCAAACAGAUAAACCAAUCUACAACCCGGGACACACAGUGCAUUUUAGAGUCAUCACCUUGGAUACCAAUUUUAGCCCUGUCAAUCAGCUGUACAACAUUGUGGAACUGCAGGAUGUUCAUCAGAACAGGAUUGGACAGUGGGUCAAUACUACAUCCAGUGGCAACAUUCUGCAGCUUUCUUACCCCCUGAACUCUGAAGCACCCGUAGGAUCCUAUGCUAUUGUAGUGUGGAUUGGUGAAAACAAAAUAUAUCAUCGCUACAAGGUAGAAAAGUAUGUUUUGCCAAAGUUUGAGAUCAAAAUGAACUUCGCCGAUGAGAUCAGCGUUGUUCAAGAGGAGUAUAAAGUAGAAGUGUGUGCAACAUACACGUAUGGGCAGCCUGUACCUGGCAAAGCAGAGGUAGAGUUGUGCCGACCCUUAGUUCCCAAUGUAUUGAUACCAAUAAGAAUUGAUGAGAAAAAUCCAGAAGGAGUUCCUGAUUAUACACCCCCCUGCCAUAAAGAGUCAAUAGAGAUGGACCAAACUGGCUGUGCUUCUCAUGUCUUCAACAUGUUCAUUUUCACAAAGGAUGCUGGCCAGAAAAUGCUCAUAGACAGGCUGAGUUUUAAUGCCAAAGUAGAGGAGGAGGGGACAGGUAUUACACAGUCAAAGGAAAAACACAUUGAGCUCUCCUAUGUGAUUGGAAAACUCACAUUUGUUGACACACCCAAAAUCUAUGAGCAUGGAUCAAUUAUCGAGGGCAAGAUAAACGUUGUUCACUUCAACAACACACCUAUCUCAGACAUGUUAGUCUACCUUUUGGAGGAGAAAGACUGGUCCUCACAUCAUCUCCAGACCCUGAUCACGGACAGUCAUGGUAUUGCCAGUUUCUCCCUCAACACAACCAGAAUGCCCAAAAAGAAUAUUAACCUCAUAGUUAGCAACACACCAAAGGUGAAGAAAAUUAAAUAUAGGGUCCCUUAUUUCAAAAGAGGGCACCGCAAACUCUCACUGAUCCAGCCCACUGCCCCUCACAGUAAAACAUCCAGCUCUCUGGCUAUUCAGAAGAUGGAAAACCCACUGUCGUGUUGGGAGGAAGUGUCAAUCACCAUCCAGUAUGCCAUCGUAGGGGAGACUGUCCCAAAGGGUUUAGUGGAUGUCAUCUACCUGGCCUUAUCCAGAGGGGUGAUAGUUCAGCAUGGACACAUGAAGGUUACCGUGCAGCACGGGAGUCCUGCAACUGAGGGUGAAGUUACUUUGAAGUUGGCAGUGGUUCCAGAGAUGGCGCCUGUGGUACAGGUUCUUGUGUACAGUAUGCUACCCAGUGAGACUGUCAUCGCCCACAGCAUGAACUUUCCCACUGAGAAAUGCUUCAGGCACAAGGUGUCGGUGGAGUUCUCACCCUCACAAGCAGUUCCAGGGGAGGAGAACACCCUACAGCUCUCGGCCCAGCCCGGCUCCCUCUGUGGCCUCAGUGCUGUGGACCAGAGUGUUCACAUCAUGGAGCCAGGGAAGAGGCUGGAUGCUGACAAGAUAUUUGAUUUGUUACCAGUCAAGGAGACAACACACAUUCCCUACCAGCUGGACGAUUCAGUAGCAUGUUUACGUGUAAAAUCAAUGAAGUACUGGUACGCAAGGCCAUACCCAAGACAAACUGAGGAGGGAAAUGAACCUCAUGAAGUUUUUAAGAAAUUGGGACUGAAGCUGGCAACUAAUCUGGUUAUAAGAGUAUCUUCCUGUCUCAGGUACAAAAGGAAAGAGUACAAUAGGGCCCAUGUUGUAGCCUACAGACGCCACCCUGGAGUCAAGGGUGGGAUACGUAAUCGAUCUUUACUGCGUGUAGUAGAAGGUGACAGAUUUGUUGAUACCAUACAGACGGUCCGUACCUUCUUCCCUGAGACGUGGAUAUGGGAUCUUGUGGAAGUUGGGGAGUCUGGAUCAGCAUAUGUGCCCCUCAUGGUCCCAGACACGAUCACCACAUGGGAGACAGAGGCAUUCUGCCUGGCCCCUGGUGGCUUCGGUCUGGCUCCUCCGGUGAAACUUACAGUCUUCCAGCCCUUCUUCCUGGAACUAACCCUGCCCUACUCCAUCAUCCGUGGAGAGCACUUUGAGCUGAAAGCCAUUGUGUUUAACUACCUGUCCAAGUGCAUUAUGGUUUCUGUGACUCCAGCUCACUCCUUAGACUACACUCUCACACCCUUGAAGGAUGUCCAGUACUCAUCAUGCUUGUGUGCCAAUGGACGAAAGACCUUCAGUUGGACAAUGGCACCCUCUAUCCUGGGGGUUUUGAAUGUGUCAGUUAGUGCAGAGGCUGUCCAGUCCCACGUGGCGUGUGACAAUGAGAUUGUGAACGUACCGGAGAGAGGACGCAUCGACACAGUCACACAGAGCCUCCUGGUGAUGGCUGAGGGCACAGAGAAGACCGACACCUACAAUUGGUUGCUGUGUCCAACUGGAGUAACUAUGACAGAGGAGGUGGAACUGCAACUCCCCAAGAAUGUGGUGGAUGGAUCUGAUGGAAUUUUCCUCUCAGUCCUGGGUGACAUCCUGGGUCGGGCCCUCAAGAACCUGGAUGGACUGUUGCAGAUGCCGUAUGGGUGUGGAGAGCAGAAUAUGGCCCUCCUCGCACCCAAUAUCUACAUCCUGGAGUACCUGAGGAACACAGAACAGCUCACUCCAGCCAUCCGAGACAAGGCCACCAAGUUCCUCACUAGUGGUUACCAAAGGCAGCUGAACUACAAGCAUGUUGAUGGUGCAUACAGCACAUUUGGACAAGUCACAGGGAACACUUGGCUGACUGCUUUUGUUUUGAGAUCCUUUGGCAAAGCAAAGUCUUUCAUUUAUAUUGACCCGGUAAAAAUUGAGCAAUCCAAGACAUGGCUGGAACGUCAACAAGGCAAACAUGGCUGUUUCGUCAGAUUGGGGGAACUCUUUAACAACAGAAUGAAGGGUGGGGUGACAGAUGAAGUGACACUGACGGCCUACAUCACGUCUUCAAUGCUGGAGCUCAACAUGUCAGUGUCGGAUCCUGUUGUGUACAGCAGCUUGUCUUGCCUGAGGAACUCCACCAGUGAUUUGUCCAACACUUAUACCACUGCUCUGCUGGCCUACACCUUUACCCUGGCAGGGGACAUGGAGACCCGGGCCCAGCUUCUGCAGCACCUGGACACGAUCGCAUUACAAGAAGGGGGUCUCCUGCACUGGACUCAGACCUCCUCAGAGACCUCAGCCUCCCUGGCGGUGGAAAUCAGCUCCUAUGUUCUGCUGGCUUCCCUCAGUGCCUCCCCUCUGUCUACCACUGACCUGGGCUAUGCCUCCCGCAUCGUCAGGUGGCUGGUGAGACAGCAGAAUGCCUACGGAGGCUUCUCUUCCACACAGGACACAGUGGUGGCCCUCCAGGCCCUGGCCCUCUACUCCACCAGGGUGUACAGUAGAGAGGGUGCCAGCACAGUCACAGUACAGUCUCCCAGUGGAGCACAGCACCUCUUCGAAGUGAACCAAAACAACAAGCUUCUCUACCAGGAGAGGGCGCUGCAGGAGACAGAAGGGAAGUACAGCGUGGAAGUGAAGGGCAGUGCUUGUGCCUCAGUGCAGGUGGCGCUCCACUACAACAUCCCUACUCCUACUGACAGCACAACGCUCAGUAUCCAGGUGAAGCCAGAGGUGGACUGCAACAGUAACUCUUUGAGACCCAGAGUCACACUGAAGCUCCAGUCUCAAUAUCAUGGAAAGGAGCUGACCACCAAUAUGAUUAUAGUGGAUUUGAAAAUGCUGUCUGGGUUUGUCCCAGACCCAGGCUCUUUGGGGAGGCUGAGGGGUUCAGGUCGAGUGGACCGUGUCGAUUCCAAAGAUGACCAUGUGUUAAUGUACUUGAGAGAGAAUCCGGAAGCCAUUACACGAAGCAUCGGGGAGUACUGGCGUUCCGGUUGGUGUGACAUUGUUCCUGGGUCACCGCCGAUGGAACCGGGGGUGCCUAGCCAGCUCGUCGGGCUUCCACGCCCUAGCUGGCUUGAGAGGUUUCCUUGCCCCGGUUGGCUCGGAGGGCGCCCAUCCCACGUCGGGCCUCAGCCGAAUCGUCAGGUCUUGUUCGCCCAGUUGGCUCGUCAGACUGUUCCACCUCCGCCGGAUCAUUGGGCUUCCACGCCGCAGCGGGAUCGACAGGCGUUCAUGCCUCAGCCUGAUCGUCAGGCUCCUAUGCCUCUGCUGGCUCGCCAGGCUCCCACGCCCUUGGAGGUUCGUGGGGAGUUUACCCCCUGCCGGCUUGCCCAGCGCCCAUGUCUCGGCCGGCUCGCCCAGGUGGGACGCUGGAUGGCGCCCCUAGAGGGGGGUACUGUCACCCCUGCUCCCGCUCUUCCUCCCUCUGGCCCUCGAGGGCGCCAGACUCCCCAACAUUACUCACUCAAGCCAACUUCAGUACGCACACCUGCCUUUCCCCAACACGUGCAUCAGCGCUCAUUGGACUCACGUGGGCUCAAUUACUUGUGUAAUUUCCUUCCCUAUAUCUGUCUAUUUCCUAGCUCUGUUCCCUGCUUCGGGAUUGUUUGUCAUAUGUCCUUGUUUACCCGUGUGCUAACGCUGUUCCUGUCGUGUUCCUGAAUAAAUGUUUGACUCCCCAUACCUGCUUCUCCUGUCCGGCGUCGGCCCUUCCACAUACAGUACCAGUCAACUUUGGACACACCUACUCAUUCAAGGGUUUUUCUUUAUUUUCACUCUUUUCUACACUGUAUGAUAAUAGUGAAGACAUCAAAACUAUUAAAUAACACAUAUGGAAUCAUGUAGUAACCACAAAAGUGUUAAACAAAUCAAAAUAUAUUUUAGAUUUUAGAUUCUUCAAAGUAGCCACCCUUUGCCUUGAUGACAGCUUUGCACACUUUUGGCAUUCUCUCAACCAGCAUCUUGAGGAAUGCUUUUCCAACAGUCUUGAAAGAGUUCCCACAUAUGCUGAGCACUUGUUGGCUGCUUUUCCUUCACUCUGCUGUCCAACACAUCCCAAACCAUUUCAAUUGGGUUGCGGUUGUGUGAUUGGAGGCCAGGUCAUCUGAUGCAGCACUCCAUCACUCUCUUUCUUGGUCAAAUAGCCCUUAAACAGACUGGAGAUGUGUUUUGGGUCAUUGUCCUGUUGAAAAACAAAUAAUUGUGCCACUAAGCGCAAACCAGAUGGGAUGGAGUGUCGCUGCAGAAUACUGUGGUAGCCAUGCUGGUUAAGUGUGCCUUGAAAUCUAAAUUAAUCACUGACAGUGUCACCAGCAAAACACCCCCACACCAUCACACCUCUCCUCCAUGCUUCACGGUGGGAACCACACAUGCAGAGAUCAUCCGUUCACCUACUCUGCGUCUCACAAAGACAUUGCAGUUGGAACAAAAAUAAAUCUCAAAUUUGGACAGAUUUCCAGUGGUCUAAUGUCCAUUGCUCAUGUUUCUUGGCUGAAGCAAGUCUCUUAUUAUUGGUGUCCUUUGGUAAUGGUUUCUUUGCAGCAAUUCAACCAUGUAGGCCUGGUUCACCCAGUCUCCUCUUAACAGUUGACGUUGAGAUGUGUCUGUUACUUGAACUCUGUGAAGCAUUUAUUUUGGCUGCAAUCUGAGGUGCAGUUAACUCUAAUGAACUUAUCCUCUGCUGCAGAGGUAACUCUGGGUAUUCCUUUCCUGUGGCGGUCCUCAUGAGAGACAGUUUCAUCAUAGCACUUGAUGGUUUUUCGACUGCACUUGUAGAAACGUUCAAAGUUCUUGAAAUAUUCUGCAUUGACUGACCUUCAUGUCUUAAAGUAAUGAUGGACUGUCAUUCCUCUUUGCUUAUUUGAGCUGUUCUUGCCAUAAUAAAUCAAAUCGAACUAUUAUUAGACACAUGCACCGAAUACAACAGGUCACCUUAGUGACAUACUUACUUACGAGCCCCUAACCGACAGGGCAGUUUCAAAGAAUACGGAUAAGAAUAAGAGAUAAAAGUAACAAAUAAUUAAAGAGCAGCAGUAAAAAAUAACAAUAUAUACAUUUUUUUUUUACAUUUCCAACAAUUGGUACCUUCAGGCAAUUUCCAAAUGCCUGAAGGUACCACGUUCAUCUGUACAAACAAUAGUAUGCACGUAUAAACACCAUGGGACCACACAGCCGUCAUACCGCUCAGGAAGGAGACGCGUUCUGUUUCCUUGAGAUGAACGUAUUUUGGUGCGAAAAGUGCAAAUCAAUCCCAGAACAACAGCAAAGGACCUUGUGGAGAUGCUGGAGGAAACAGGUACAAAAGUAUCUAUAUCCACAGUAAAACGAGUCCUAUAUCGACAUAAUCUGAAAGGCCGCUCAGCAAGGAAGAAGCCACUGCUCCAAAACAGCCAUAAAAAAGCCAGACUACGGUUUGCAACUGCACAUGGUGACAAAGAUCGUACUUUUUGGAGAAAUGUCCUCGGGUCUGAUGAAACAAAAAUAGAACUGUUUGGCCAUAAUGACCAUUGUUAUGUUUGGAGGAAAAAGGGGGAGGCUUUCAAGCCAAACACCACCAUCUCAACUGAGAAGCAUGGGGGUGGCAGCAUCAUGUUGUGGGGAAGUUAAAGCUUGGUCGCAAAUGGGUCUUUCAAAUAGACAAUGACCUCAAGCAUACUUCCAAAGUUGUGGCAAAAUGGCUUAUUAAGGACAACAACGCAAGGUAUUGGAGUGGCCAUCACAAAGCUCUGACCUCAAUCCCAUAGAAAAUUUGUGGGCAGAACUGAAAAAGCGUGUGGGAGCAAGGAGGCUGUAACGUUCGUUAUAAUAACUGGACCAAAGCGCAGCGUGAUCUGGGUUCCACAUCUUUAUUGCUAUGUGAACCUCAAAGCAAAACAAAACAAUAAACGAACAAAACGAAACGUGAAGCUACAAAUAUGCACACAAAUAUGCACACAUACAUAGUCAAGAUCCCACCAAAACACAAAGGGGAAAUGGCUGCCUAAAUAUAAUCCCCAAUCAGAGACAACGAUAAACAGCUGCCUCUGAUUGGGAACCAUACCAGGCCAACAUAAAAAUAUAAAUCACCUAGAUGACCCACCCUGGUCACACCCCGACCUAACCAGCAUAGAGAAUAAAAAGCUCUCUAUGGUCAGGGCGUGACAGAGGCCUACAAACCUGACUCAGUUACACCAGCUCUGUCAAAAGGAAUGGGACAAAAUUCACCCAACUUAUUGUGGGAUGCUUGUGGAAGGCUACCCGAAUCGUUUGACCCAAGUUAAACAAUUUAAAGGCAAUGUUACCAAAUACUAAUUGAGUGUAUGUAAACUUCUGACCCACUGGGAAUGUGAUGAAAGAAAUAAAAGCUGAAAUAAAUAAUUCUCUCUA